CACAUCCUUUCUCCCUUCCAUAACCACUGACACCACCUACCAUAUUCAUGUCACGACCCUCGCCGGCGUUCAACAUAACUUUCGGUGUUCAUACAGUCGGCUAUCAUAACAUUGAUCCUCGUCAGCCGUGUCUGCUCCCUAUCUCCCUAUUUCUUUCUACACGCACGCCAAGUAUACAUACGUAUAUACGCGCCCAGCAGAGCACUUCUCAUCCGAAUCGCAUCAUCUCUACGUUGGACGGUAGAUUGGAUAUACUGUGUUAAGUCGACAUUGUUGAAUUGGUCGGCCUUGGUUGAGCGGCUUGUGACGACAGUACCCAAAUCGACAACUAUUUACUGUAUUCUGGGAAAAGAGGAACGCCUGGUCAUCGCUCGCUACCUUCUACUUGCGCCACACCUGCAGGUAUCUAAACCGACAUCGUCGCCCGCCAUCCUUGCUGCUCCCUUUCCAUGAGCACCAUAUCUGCUCAGCAUGCCAAGUAAAGCAGAAGGACUGGUUCUCACAGUGGAUCCGAACGUUAUCCACAAGGUCGACACCAACAAUCCUCAUAACCUGUUUAGCAUGUGGACUGUUUUCUCCAGAUGCGCUGAAUCAGUAGAACAAGGACGACGACUUGAAAACCUCAGCUGGCGCCUUUGGACAAGGGAGGCUCUGUGCUGUGAGGCGACAGCCCAGACAAAGAGAGGCACUUCUGCAACUACAAUGCCACCGCAAGACAUUCCUGACAAGCACCGCAUACCUGACGUACCACAAUUAUCUGGUAGUGUUGAGUCCAUCGCAGACGACGAAGCCAUCGAGUUUACAGCUGAAUCUAACCCUGUAGAAAUCCUACGACCCAAUAUACAACGACAAGACUCUUGUGCCAGCAGCCGAAGCAAAGGCCGUGAGCGGCAUAUCACCUCAGAUCACUUGGAAAAGAUGGUGGUUACGAUCAUCACCGAGAAGGAACCAAAUCUUUCGCCUUUGCCACAUAUCGUUUCCUCUUCCAUGGAAACCGAUAGCGACGUUCUACAGUCUAGCUCAUCCGAAGUGGAAGACACUCUCACCACACGCGCUACAGAGUCUGCCGACUGUGAAUCAUCUGGUCUAACCUCACAGGUUUCAACCAGCGUGGGCGCUCCUGAAAACCACACCACCGCCGUGAUUAGGGGCUUUUCGCCAUCUCAGUUCCCCCCUUCAAGACAUUCGCAUGAACCCAAGUCCGAACAGCCCGACGUCAUCCCCGAGCCUCACUCUUCACCUGCACCGCAACCCGUACAGUCUAAGAAACAGCGUGCUCAAUUUGCCUUGGGUGGGUCUUCUGGCGACGAAUCUUCACCAAGCCUUGAGGUCCAUCAACCAGUACACCAACCCGUCAUCUCAGCUAAGAAAAGCAAGAUGUUCCAACUCGGUGGCUCCUCUGGCUCCAAUGAGGACCAAAGCCCGUCACUGAAGAGCGCAUUGCACUCUGGAAAACCAAGUUCACUUUUGGGCGCCCACAAGAAACAGACGUCUUUCAGUAAUCAAGUCACAAUGCGCACGAUAUCAACGCCUAGCGACCAGUCUGGCAGCUAUGUAGACGAAAGUGCCAUUGACGACGAUGACGAAGACUCGGAAUGGGAAGAUUCGAUUGAAGAAAGUGGUAAAUCGAGUAUGGAUGAAAAACUCGCAUUCAGACGAGUACCUUCUAAACCUAACUUGACCUCCCAAAGAUCUCUUCUCAGUCUUGCGCUUGCUGGUGAGGAGCGAACAAAAGCACUAAGCAAUUAUGCUUCACAAUCUACGCCAGCAAUUGCGCAGCGAGCGCGUCAACUACAGGGCAUUCCGCAAGGUGCCGCGUCUCCCAACGAUUCUGAUGAAGCUGGAUUGGAAAUGAGACGGGGAAUGCGUCGAACACCUCUAAAACCUAUCAACGAAAUCCCCAGGUCCAGCGCUCAGCCCAUCAUAGCGAAGCCCACAAUUCAUUCCGAUCCGCAAGCUCUGUCUCCUAGGACUACAAGGCGCCACAUGUUGGCCACGGAGCUAACAGAGUCGCUUAGGCGGCAACUCUUAUGGGAACGGCAGCAAAAGUCCUCGACUGCUAACGCCGUAUUAAAACGACGUCACACUUCACAUGACGUGGCGCGUCUAAAGCAAUAUCCCGAAACAGCGUACAUGAAGAAGUCCGAAGACGAGGUUAAUUCCAGUAGCUGGAAUCAAUACUUCCGAGAAGAUUCAAACGGUGGCUACCAUACCCAAGGAUGGUAGAUAAUUGUACGGACGCAAGCCCUGGCACACCAUCUUGGACCUCACUGGUAACCUAUACCUACUCCGGUCCAUGUUCUUUUCAUUUCCCUCAUUUGCAUGGCGAGAGAUUUUUGCGUUUACUAUACCAAUGCAUGCAUCCGGCCGGCGUUUUAUACCGUUGUUUUUUUAUAAUCACUUAUCGCAUUGGCACGAGCGACGUGUUCCAUUCACCAUUGGAUACCAGUGGAUAGCAUUAAUGAGCAUCACUCCGCCCUUUAAGACGGCAUAGGCAGGCGUGGAACGUAUGCAUCCGAGUCUACAAGCCUGUACACGGGAAGGCGUUGUGGCUUCAAUGAUACCAGGAUCUUUAUUUGGUGUUUACUCGAUACCCAGGGACAGGGAUAUGUUUCCCUUGGCUACUGGCAAGUAGCAAGAAAGAUGCAAGUUGAAGGUCAAAUGGGUUUAUAAUGUAUUCUAGCAAGAAACAAGAGAGGGCAACCUACCACGAGGCAACUUGGCCAGAAGGUCCAAGACACAAGAUGGAACUAUUGGAUUCAUCAGUGCCCCAAAGGAAAAGUGAAGACGGAAAAAGCAAUGCGUCAUGACCACAAAAUUACUACAGGCAUUCUACAGGAGCCAUACGAAGGGGGAAAAAAAAUCAAUAAACUUUCUGAUCUGCCA